AUGCCUAGUACCCCGGGCUACGUUUUUCGAGAUGGCGGCACGACGCCUCCUCUCGAAGAGCAGGACCCCUCCAACAAUGAGUUUCGCCAGCGCAUCCUUCAAGCGAGGAAGCCAGAGACCGCCAAAGGGAAUGCUCCUCUGGCCCAACAGACCACCACCUCCCACCAACUCGCGACUGGUGAACAUGAUUACGGCGACGAGCUACACGGCAAAGCCAUCGAGGCGGGUAAGGACCCGAACACCACCGAUUUGGGGUGGAGAGCGAAUGGUAACGGUGUAGAUACGUUGCAAAUGUACCACAUUAAGGCGAUCGAGAAAGCUCCUCCUGGUGGCUUGGACUGCUACAUCGCCGAUGAAGAUGAUUUCAGUCCCGAUAAGCUACGCGCAAAUCUCGAACGUCUCUAUAUCACUGUCGGUGUCAGCGUACUCGGUUUCUUCAAGCAUAUCGUGCGUCUAAGAAGCUGGAAGGAGCCGCGGAGAACAGGCGCAUUUUUGGGCGUGUACUUGUUGGCCUGGCUGCUGAACUUGGUUAUGCCGACUCUGCUGCUCACGUUGAUUGUUCUCAUUACCGUGCCGAAGUCUAGAGCAAUCAUGUUCCCGCCUGCGCCACUGGCUCUGGUUAGCAGUCAUACCGGGGGUGUACAGAGCCCGCCGGCAGGUGUCCUCGGAAGCACCGACAGCUAUAGUGGUGCACCGGAGAAACAUAAAGGUGAAGCAGUGGAACAAGAGGCUAGCAACCUCGUGGCAGGCAUUGCAAACGUUGCUAUCUCUUCCGCGGCUGGGCGGCACGAUCAGGCCAGCCCCGACGAGGAAGGUGGCAGCAAACAGCUGGACGCCAGCGUGCCCGACCCGGCAUCGGUAGCCAAUGUUGCUGCCGAUGCUUCUACGUCAGCGACUGGAGGCAACCCUAAGAAGUCGCACGACAAGACGAAGCAGCCCAUGGAACAAGCCGUCUGGACACAGAUGCGACCGGCCAUGCACGCCAUCGGCGACAUCAGUGACGGCUGGGAACGCUUCGCCAACGCUCUCUCCCCGACUCCUCCGUUCUCUCAGAAUAAGCGCACCCAACUUGCCGGCAUUAUUGCCCCGAUCUUUCUACUUUCCCUCUUCGUGCGUCCUGAAUGGAUCUAUAAGGGCAUGACUCUCAUGAAUGGCCUCAUAUUUUUCACCGACCCUCUUCAGCAAAGAGGCAUUGCUCUCUUGAACGAGAAGAUCCCAGACUGGCCACGGUACCUCGAGCUCCGCAACAGUCUCCUCCGUGGUGUUCCGACCAACGCGCAACUUACCAUCACGCUUCUUCGCAUCGGUGAGGCCAAUCGCGCACCCCUUCCCCCACCACCAUCUUCUACCGAACCGCCAGCACACGAGGCCGUCGACAUUGACAAGCAGCAACUCCUCGAAGACUCCAACCUCGACGCUACACACUCUGAAGUCGAAGAUGCUGUUACCGCGGACGAUGAUGCUGGUACGGAUCCAAAUGCACCUCAAGCGGCUCCCAAGAAGAAGGGUUUCGGGCAGCGCAUCGUUGGCGCCAUCAAAGGUACGACAGCCGGCGCGGUGGAGACGAAGCUGCAAGCCGACAAGGUUCGCGCCGUGGCUGGCUCCGGACAUGCCAAGAACAAGCUAGGCAUCCUGCCGAGCAAGUCGGAAAUGAAGAAGCACGAGACGGAGGGCCCAGUGACCUUCAAGGCACGCUGUAAAGGCAAGCGCGGCGCCGUCUUCAUCGAUUCCGCUGUCUCGCCCCCCACGAGUGACGGCAAGCGCCCCGCCAGCCCGUGCGUCUACUUCAGCACGGACGUCAACAGCGAGGAGGCGGUCGAGGAAGGCCAUGAGAAGGGCUUGGUCUGGGCGGUGAGCAUCAAUGACAUCGCCGAGAUCAAGAAGAUUGGCGGCCUGGGCUGGAAAGGGAAGAUCGUCGUGGGCUGGGCGACGGAUCGGGAGGUCAAGGAUGGCAUUGAGAUCACCACCAAGGAGGGCAAGGUCUGGCGUGCGACGGCCAUUGCCCAGCGCGAUGAGCUCUUUGAUCGUCUGGCUAGCAUGGGAAGCCAGAUUUGGGAGUGCUACUGA